UCAUCAUCUUCUUUCUCGUUCUCUUUCUUUCCUUGUCUCUCCUUAGCUCACUUGGUUUUGUCUGUUUCUGUCUCCCUCCCUGCUCUUAAUUUCAAGUUAGUUGUUUAUUUCUUGGUGUUCACAUAACAACAACAACAAUCAAAUUGAAGAGAAUCAACAUCAUGAGAUUGGAUAAAAAUGAUGGAAAAUGUUCUGGACAAUUGUAGCAAUUCUUUAAACAACAAUAACAACACAAUCAACAGCAAUUCUUCACUUACCUGCGCCAAUCGUUUUGAAGAUGCUGAAGAUAUUGAUAUUGAUUAUUCAUCUACUAAAUGUGUUCUAGAAGGAGAAACUUAUCUUCCAAUAAUUUCAAAAUUAUCUACAACAGAAUCAAAUCAAUCAACCUCAUCGUCCAUUGAUUCUUCAUGUGAUAGUGAUUAUUAUCCGUUAAACCACCUAAGGAUCACCAAUGGAAUCAUAAAUAGGAAUAAAAAUGGUGAUUAUGUUAACACUGGCUCACCCAAACCAACACACCGCUCUCUUAACCACAGAAAACAACAUCCACCGCCUCCACCACCACCACUACUACCACCAUCUCAACCACCGAUACCACCACCCCCAAUCUAUGCCAAUUUACCAUUAGUAGGAUCAACAAUAACAGGAGAACCAUCUAAUUCAGCCGAUUCAACAAACAACUAUUCUAAACCUCAGCACCACCAUCACCACAAUCGCCACCACAACCAACAACAACAACAACAACAACAACAACCACCACCACCACAAGAGAAACAAUAUCAACCUUUCCAUCGGCGUAACCACUCACUCACUCAUCGUUUCAACAACAACAGUAUCAACAACCAUUACCACAUGAAUCAUCACAGCCGAAAUAAUCAUUAUCAUAAUGUAAUAAUCUCAUCAUCAUCAUCCUCUUCAUCUUCAUCCUACCCAUCAUCACCUUCAUCAAUUUCAUGUUCACCUCCAGUUCCCGAAACGGGUACCGAUCCUAACCGAGUAUUACUCAACCAUUGGUCGGAAUAUAUUCACCUUUCUGGUCGUAAAUAUUAUUACAAUUCAGUGACCAAACAAUCAUCAUGGAAACCACCAAGACGUGGAUUACCAAUCUUUCGUGAUGAGGAUGAAAAUACAAGUCAUUCAGAGGAAAAUCUGACCGAUAGUUCAUCAGCCAAUUCAUGGUCACCAACAAUUAACCAUUCUCAUGAUACUCUAUCAAUAUCAUCAGAUUUUUCAUCUUCCAAUACGAUGACACACAAUAAUAAUACAACUUUAUCAUCAUCAAUCGGAGGAGGAACAACAACCUCGAGUAACAUUUACUCUCACAGGUUAAAACCUCGAGUUCGACCUCGUAAAACAAUUCUGGGCAAUUUGUGGCAAUCAGAUAAUAACAAGAACGAUAAUGAUGAUGAAGAUGAUGAAGAUGAAGAUAAUGUUUCACCCUAUUCAGUACCACCACCAAUUCACCAUCAUCAUCACAAUAAUGGUUACAAUAAUCAUUACUCUAAUCUUGAUUAUAUAAAUGGAGGGAUAGACAAUCGUUCAUUAAAAAAUAAUCACAAUGCUCAUAAACAUCAUCGUAAUCAUAAUCAUCAUCAUCAUCACCGUCAUCGAGAUAACCAUGAUCAUUAUGAUGAAAAUAAUCCACCACCACCACCACCACCUCAUUUACCACCUCAUCAUCAUGAUACUUGGUCAUCUCCAUUGUCCACUGGCUGGAAAAGAUAUAUUAAUGAUAAUCAAGUCUAUUUCGUCAAUGAUGUAACCAAAGUUAAGUGGUUCUGUAAAUACGAUGAUUCUGGUCGACUCUAUUUCUAUGAACCUAAUGGAGAUCAAUCUUAUUGGCAAUUACCUGAUCAUGUCACCGACGAAGAGUCUGAUCGCGACUGCCAAUCUCAAAGUGAUGCAUCAGAAAGUUAUUCACCAAUAACCAAAGAUUUACCUGAAAAUGGUCAUGAUAUUCAUGUUCAUGGUGUAACAACCUUUUCCUCCUCCAAACCGGCGGCAAAAAAACCACCACCACCACCUCUUGGCUCACUAUCAUCUGCAUCUUCAGUUUCAAGGAUUAAGAAUGACGGAAGUUUAAGAUUACCCAUGAAGAAACAUUAUGUCAACAGUUUCUCCCCUUCGCCCAUUGACCGUUCAUACAAAGCAAAGUCUAUGGUUUUCCUGCCCACUAGUGAUAAAUUCAUCAGCAUGGACUCAGAUACAGAGGAUAGAUCAUCAAUAUCCACCAUGAACACAACGAUAACAUCACCGAUUUCAAUGAUAACUUCUUCAUCUGCAACAACAUCACCAACCACCAAAACGAGCAAAUUGAAUUUCAACAAUCACAAAAUCAGUUUAAAUCAUACAAUUAAUGGUUCUCUUAAUCAUCAUCCAUCAACAAAUCAACAAACUCCUCCGAUUCCUGAAAAUUUGGAAGAAUCAAGAGCUUUUAAAACAGGAAUCUUAAAUCGAACCAAAAUAAUGGAAAAUGGAAAACGACUUCGUAAAAAUUGGUCUACCAGUUUGGUUGCUCUAUCUGAUUAUUAUCUUCUUAUAUUUAAAGAUGCAAAAAUUAACUCACAUCAAGAGGAAAAUCUUAAACCUGAGAUUGUUAUUGAAUUAGGAGGAUCACUUAUUGAAUGGAGCCAAGGAUUAUCCAGUCGUAAAAAUGUCUUCCAAUUGACAACUUUCACGGGAAAUCAAAUAUUACUUCAGGAAGAUUGUUCAUUAACUGCCGCUGAAUGGUUUUAUUCAAUUAAAAGUGCCAUAUCUAAAUUGCCUCAAUGUGAUGGUACAGCCACUAUUGGUUCUAACAAUUCCUUGGAAACUAAUAACAAAGACUGUAAAUUAAAACGAUCUAAAUCAACUAAACAAACAUGUAAAAAGCUUGAAAUCAAUCAAAAAUUGAGCACCAAAAAUGGUGCCAAUGGCUCAGGAGAUGAUAAGAUUACUCCAGAGAAGAAGAAAAAAAUUCGAGAGCGUUUAAUUAACUUCUUAUUACGUCGUCCAACACUCGAUAGUCUUAGAGAAAAAGGAAUAUUUAAAGAUGGACCCGUCUUUGGUUGUGAUCUUUAUUCAUUAUGUUCAAGGGAGAAACAAUUGAUUCCUAAAGUAGUUCAACAAUGUAUCAAAGCGAUUGAACAAAAAGGACUUAAAGCCGAUGGUAUUUAUAGAGUUUGUGGUAAUUUAUCUGAAGUUCAAAAGAUAAGAUAUCAAGUUAAUCAUGACAAUUAUGAAGGAAUUUGGGCUCAAGAAGAUGUUCACGUACUUACAGGAGCUUUGAAACUUUUUUUCCGAGAUAUGAAGGAACCUUUAUUCCCAUGUAAUCGUUUUGAUUCACUAAUGUUCACAAUUGGUUUACCAGAUAAGAAAAGGAAACAAGAAGCCAUUGUCAGGGUGAUCCGAGAUUUACCUCGAUGUAACAAGGAGACUCUCAGAUACCUUUUGAAACACCUUCUAAGAGUUCAAGACCAUAAGGAUGAAAAUCGUAUGCACAUUCAAAAUUUAGCGAUCGUUUUUGGACCAACGCUAAUGUGGCCUGAAACGGAUUCCAACAAUCUCGCCUAUGAUAUGAUGCUGAAAAUGCAUUCAAAUCAAGUCAUUGAAUUAUUGUUACUCGAAUUUGAUCAGAUUUUUACAUGAUCAUCUGAAAGGAAAUCCUCGAUUCAUCAUCAUCAUCAUCAUCAUCAUCAUCGCGAUCAUUAAAUCACUGAGAGAUUUAUUUUGAUAAACAAUUUUUUUAAUUACAAUCCGUAUUGAAGAUCUACAAUUAACAUCAACUAAUCAAUUACUCACCUUUACGUCAAUGAAUAAGAUUUAAUUUCCCAUGAAUGGAUCAUCAUCAAUUCAGGAAAAAGGAAAAGAAAAUUCAAUCAAUAUCACCUAACCCUUUUCUAUUUUUAAUUAAUUAAUCAACUUUAAUUUUUUUUCUCACACUUUAUAUUAUCUAUUUUCUCAUCUUUCUCCUAAACUUCCUUUACACCAUCCAAUAUCUCGAGAUGUUUUAUUUACCUUGAGGCUAAUGUUUUAUUUGUCUCAAUCUAAAUUUAUUAUUAUUUUUUUGUCAACUCUAACCCUUCCAAUCCAAUGAAUCAUCAACAAACUGACCAUCUAAUUUGCAUACUGACCGAGACUCACUGACCGGUUCAGUUAAAAUAUAUAAUGUAUCUCUCUCCCUCUCUCCCUCUCUCUCUCUCUAUUUGUUAUAUCAGUUUUUACCAAUCAAUCAAAACUACAAUCAAAUUUUGUUAAAUUAUCUACAAUAAUGUAUUUAAAUUAAUUGAUGAUAAUAUAAAAAAUAAUUGAAACUAAA